GUCUUCAUCACAACUAAUAUAUGAAUUUAAGUGGCGCAUGGUAGAGGAAAUUCAACGGCAAUGGCAGAUAAUACCGUCGGUCGCAGGCGUCGACGCGCUGCCAAAUCAUGUACAAUGUGCCGCGAUCGCAAGAUCAAAUGCGACCGAAACCAGCCUUGCAGCAACUGUGUCGACAGAGAAUACGACUGCCACUUCCAGAAGCAUCACAGGACUCAACCACUUUUAACACCAAAUGGCACGCCUGCUGUAUCCUCUCUCAUAUCGAGUGUUACUCCUCAGCAAAGGCGCACGGCCUUGGGUGUUGAGCAACCUCCGACUGUCACGCCCGCGACACCGGCCACCGUCUCAAGUGAAGUAGCAGCUGUACGUGAAUCAACAGUGCUUCCAUUUCAGAGUGACGAGGCAUCGUUACAGCAUAUUCUACAGCGAGUGGCACAGCUCGAGGCCGACCAAAAGCAAGUUUCUCGCACGCAUUAUCCAGCGACAAUAGCACAAGGCCUCCCUGAUACUCAGGUAAUCAUGGACAAGACAGAAAUCAUACGCAUUCCACUAGGUAUUGCUUCCGAGUUUACGCAUGUUCUUGCAUGGUAUGGUGCAGUUACUGGAACGUCACCACUCCUGCCGAUUAGUACACUGGACGCUGGUGGACCGUCAUUCAACUCUCCAGAAACGCUUCUAUUAGUCCGGAAUGCUCACCAAGCAUUUCAAGAGUAUAAAACCGUUCUAAAAGGUAUAAAACUCAACCAAGCAGCUUCUCUAGCCGCCAUUACGGAGUCCAGGCCCUCCAUGAAGCUUCCAUUGCGUUAUGAUGCUCGGAAAAUGGCAGAGUGUUACUUUAACUCAUUUGAGCCAAUAUAUCGCAUUCUUCAUGAGCCGAGCUUUUGGACCGAGUUUGAUGAGUUUUGGAGCCUUGGAGAUACCUGUAGCGACAGCAUUCGUUUCAAGAUUUUACUUGUUGUUGCAAUUGGGUCAAGUACGGAGACUUCGAGCGGGAGAACCGAAGAUAUGCGCAUCAUGGCUAUGCAAUGGGUUCGGAGUGCUGACGCCUGGCUACUGGCAGCAUCAAAGAAAGACGUCCUAAGUUUAUCAGGUAUUCAGUUGCAUUGCCUGAUAAUCUUGUCGCGACAAAUCCUUGCCAUCAAUACGGAUUCAGUGUGGGCUUCAGUUGGAUCACUGCUGCAUAAAGCCAUGCAAGCCGGCUUGCAUCGCGACCCCAAACAGCUCCCACAGAUGCCCCUGCUGCGGGCGGAGUUACGCCGCAGGCUCUGGGCGACUGUGUUGGAAAUAUAUCUUCAGUCGUCUCUAGACGCGGAAAUGCCACCAAGAAUAUCGGUAGACGACUUUGACACGGAGUCGCCGGCCAAUAUUGACGACCAAGAUAUAGAUGAUUCCACUACAGCGUUCCCAGAAUAUCCCGAACAGCGGUACACAUCGACUUCGUUGCAAAUCGCCUUGCUCGAGCUGGCACCAGUCCGGUUGAGGAUACUCUCUCUGGUCCAUGCGUUCCGCUCCGAGCCUCGCUACGCUGAUGUUAUGUCUCUCAGCAUGGAACUCAGCCAAGCCUACCACCGUGUAGAGGCACAUCUGGAGACAUAUACAGGCUCCGGCUUCAUGUCCCUGCACGAGAGCUUGUUCUACUCUUCUGUGUGUCGAUUCUUCUUCCCACUACAUCUACCGUUCGCAACCAUUGCUCAGAGUAAUCCCGAAUUUUAUUAUUCGCUCAAGAUAAGCAUUGACAUUGCGAAGGAGUUGAUUAGAUUGGAAAGACAAUCUGAACCUUUUCAUCAUUAUCUAUGCCAAAGCGAUGGUCCAUUGAGCAAUACGUUGAUGGCGGCGUUUACCGUCAUCGGAUACGAACUGUUACAGCCACCAUCGGCUAGCGCAAUAAUACAGCGUGAUCAAGCGUAUCUGGAUACACUACGACAAACCCAGAGUCGAAUUCUUGACCUGGUAGAAGACCAACUAAAGCUAGGAGGAGUUCGAAUCAAAACACAUUUAUUUCUCAGCAUCUUGCAGGCGAAUCAAGAAGCUAUCCAUGGCGACCUCGUUGGCUUGGAAUUGGCCAGGGUUGUUGCAAACGCUGCUAAGAAUUCUAUCCAAACUUGUCUUAAAAUCAUACAAACACAUUUGGAGCGCCAGGCAGUUUUAACUAUUGAUUUAGAUACGCUAUACGCCAACAUUGAAGCGCAAGGUUAUGACGAUGAUCCCAACGAUUUCACCUUGUUUGAUUGGCUUGGUGCUGACUUUUCUUAGCAAUGCUACCAGUAUGUGCUAAUAAAGUUUAAUAUUAUAUUACCAUAUAUACGAAUCUAGUUCUAGUUAAUUAUGAUUAUGGUCUGUGAACUAUUAUAUUUAAACUCUUACUCUAUACUAUAUGUAUUGGAGAUAAAUUGAGUCACCGCUUCCACUCUAUUCUAAGCAUCAGGCCGUCGCUAUUCUUCUCCCCAUGAAAGUCGGCCCAUGCGUCAACUUAUACUACAGGGAUGAAUAUCUAGGAAGGCGUGCCACGGAAGAGGAAGAACAUUGACGCUCAUUUCUAAUUCUGGCAUCGCCGAGUCGCUUGCGUCGGUCAUUUCGGCGGCCGCUAGUGAGAGAGUAAUAAAGCUUCAUAUGUCAUUGCCUAGUUUCCCUUUC